GGUCUUGUGACCGGCGGGGGAGGCGCGGGGGGAAGCCCGCGGCGCCCGCCUCCAGGGGCCCAGCCCCGCCGCUGCCGCCGCCGCCCGCGAGCCGCGGGUCCUGCCGCCGGGCUUCCGCACGUCCGAGUGAGCCGCAGCCGGGGGCGAGUCCGAGCGGGAGCGGGAGCCAAGCCGGGCGCGGGGGGCGCCGCCCGCCAUGGACCACAAGCCCCUGCUGCAGGAGCGGCCGCCCGCCUACAACCUGGAGGCCGGCCAGGGCGAGUUCGCGUGCGCCCCGCACGGCUACGGCGCCAUCGCCGCCGCCCCGCCGCCGCCCUACCCCUACCUCGUCACAGGGAUACCCACCCACCACCCCAGGGUCUACAACAUCCACAGUCGGAAUGUCACCCGGUACCCUGCCAAUUCCAUCGUCGUGGUCGGAGGCUGCCCAGUCUGCAGGGUCGGGGUUCUGGAGGACUCGUUCACCUUCCUGGGCAUCUUCUUGGCCAUCGUCUUGUUCCCCUUUGGGUUCAUCUGCUGUUUCGCCUUGAGGAAGCGAAGAUGCCCCAACUGUGGAGCCAACUUCACUUAAAGGGAACACCACACCUGGCUUUCCCACACCCAGCUAUCUUUUUCUAAUGUAAAUGUCGUGUACAAUAGCUUUAUUUGAUGAAGCUUCAGGACUGUUUUGUAAAGUGAGGCGGGUGGACGGGGCGGGCGAGGGGCACGGGUCGGAGUGAGGACACGGGCGGCUCUGUUCCCGGCUGAACGAAGCUCAAUAAAGUGCUGCUUUUAUUUUUCGCAGUCUUCAAUUUGAGAAAGGUGAGAAAUACUGUUUUAAAUAAAUGAGAUCCAUACCGUU